AUGCAUACAGUUAAAAACUUAUCCCAAGUCAUAAGGCUUGAAAAAAAUCAAGAAUUUUUGAGUUACACAUCUUAUAGUAUAACCAAACCCGGGGAUAACCUGGGCAGUUUAAUUUUCGGUAUCAAAAUCAGGUUGAAAAAUUUGGAAACUAAAAAGGAAGAAAUUGUUGAUGCUGUGGUCAAAACACCUGCUCAAGAUGAAUUAACACGGGGUAUAUUUAACCCAGAAGUAACAUUUAGAAAUGAGAUAGAAUUCUACAGAAAUAUUAUGCCGAUGUUAACAAGAUUUCGGCAUGAAAAUGAUAUGGAUUCUUCAGAAUAUUAUGUCAAAUAUCUUGGUGCAAGAUUGAAUUUAAAAAAUACUGAGGAAGUUGAUACAAACGCUGUCUUACUGAUGGAGAAUUUGGCUUUACAUGGUUACAAAAUGAAGAAUAGAAAGGUUGGUUUUAACUUAGAUGAAGCAAAAGUCAUUGUUAAAAAUAUGGCGGAUUUUCAUGCCACAACUUUGAGUUUUAAGAUGAAAAAUCCAGAGAAUUUUAACAGUAAAAUAAAACCUUUUUUGAAUGGUAGGGUUAAUAAAAGUAAAGAUGGAAUCAAGGGUAUAAUAUAUGAAAAAAAUAAGGAACUUAUUUUGCGAAUUGUUGGUAAUAACAAUAAGGAUUUGUUUGAAAGAGUUAAAAAUGUUAUUAAAGAAGAUUAUCUUCCUGAUGGAGAGUUAUUUUCCACGAUUUGUCACUAUGAUUUUUGGGUCAACAAUAUUAUGGUAAAUAAAUCGGAAUGUAAAUUUCUGGACUUUCAAAUAUGUCGCUACUUAUCACUGGUCAAUGAUUUAAUAUUUUUCUUAUUGACAAGUGUACAAAAUGAUGUUAUUAUGGAGAAUUUUGAUGACUUGAUUCAACUUCAUUACGAUGUGUUUAUUAACAUUUUAAAGAAGUUUCAGUGUGAUACAAGUCAAUUUCCCUUUGAGGUUUUCGAAGAGGAAUUAUCAUUUUGCAGCAAAAGACAAUUUCUGCACUCCAUUUAUAUGCUCUUCUUUAUUUUUGCCGACGGAAAAAAACCUGUGGACAUAAAUGCACCGAUAGAUCCGUCAGAAAAUCACCUUGAAAAAUUACAGUUUGCGAAUAUGCAUACAGUUAAAAACUUAUCCCAAGUCAUAAGGCUUGAAAAAAAUCAAGAAUUUUUGGGUUAUACAGCUUAUAGUAUAACCAAACCCGGGGAUAAUCUGGGCAGUUUAAUUUUCGGUAUCAAAAUCAGGGUGAAAAAUUUGGAAACUAAAAAAGAAGAAAUUGUUGAUGCUGUGGUCAAAACACCUGCUCAAGAUGAAUUAACACGGGAUAUAUUUAACUCGGAAGUAACAUUUAGAAAUGAGAUAGAAUUCUACAGAAAUAUUAUGCCGAUGUUAACAAGAUUUCGGCAUGAAAAUGAUAUGGAUUCUUCAGAAUAUUAUGUCAAAUAUCUUGGUGCAAGAUUGAAUUUAAAAAACACUGAGGAAGUUGAUACAAACGCUGUCUUACUGAUGGAGAAUUUGGCUGUACGUGGUUAUAAAAUGAAGAAUAGAAAGGUUGGUUUUAACUUAGAUGAAGCAAAAGUUGUUGUUAAAAAUAUGGCGGAUUUUCAUGCCACAACUUUGAGUUAUAAGAUAAAAAAUCCAGAGAAUUUUGACAGUAAAAUAAAACCCUUUUUGGACGGUAUGAUUUUUGAAUGUAAAAAUGGUAACCAGGGUAUACUAUAUGAGAAAAAUAAGAACCUUGCUUUGGAAAUUGUUGGUAAUAACGAUAAGGGUUUGUUUGAAAGUGUUAAAUAUAUUAUUGAAAAAGAUUAUCUUCCUGAUAGAGAGUUAUUUUCCACGAUUUGUCACUAUGAUUUUUGGGUCAACAAUAUUAUGGUAAAUAAAUCGGAAUGUAAAUUUCUGGACUUUCAAAUAUGUCGCUACUUAUCACUGGCCAAUGAUUUAAUAUUUUUCUUAUUGACAAGUGUACAAAAUGAUGUUGUUGUGGAGAAUUUCGAUGACUUGAUUCAACUUCAUUACGAUGUGUUUAUUAACAUUUUAAAGAAGUUUCAGUGUGAUACAAGUCAAUUUUCCUUUGAGGUUUUCCAAGAGGAAUUAUCAUUUUGCAGCAAAAGGCAAUUUCUGCACUCCAUUUCAAUGCUCUUCGUGAUAUUCGCCGACGUCAAACUACCAAUGGACAUAAAUGCUCCGAUAGAACCGUCUAAAAAUCACCUCGAUAAAUUCCACGUAAUUUUAACUAUAUACCAGAAAAAAGGCUGGUUGUAAUACUUGAAAUAAAC